AUGCCGCUGGUCCGCUAUAGGAAGGUGGUCAUCCUUGGAUACCGCUCAGUAGGGAAGACAUCUUUGGCACAUCAGUUUGUGGAAGGCAAGUUCUUGGAAGGCUAUGACCCCACAGUGGAGAAUACUUACAGCAAGAUAGUGACUCUUGGCAAAGAUGAGUUUCACCUACACCUGGUGGACACAGCAGGGCAGGACGAGUACAGCAUUCUGCCCUAUUCAUUCAUCAUUGGAGUCCAUGGUUAUGUGCUUGUGUAUUCUGUCACCUCUCUGCAUAGCUUCCAAGUCAUUGAGAGUCUGUACCAGAAGCUAUACGAAGGCCACGGCAAAACCCGGCUACCAGUGGUGCUAGUGGGGAACAAGGCAGAUCUCUCUCUGGACAGAGAGGUUCAGGCAGUUGAAGGGAAGAGGCUGGCAGAGUCCUGGGGUGCAACAUUUAUGGAGUCAUCUGCUCGAGAGAAUCAGGUGACUCAAGACAUCUUCACCAAAGUUAUCCAGGAGAUUGCCCGUGUGGAGAAUUCCUAUGGGCAAGAACGUCGCUGCUAUGUGAUGUGA